AUGUAUCACUGUCCGGAGGGCAGUACAGACUAUGAGUUCGAGCCCUACUUCUACAUGGGUUUUAGCCCAACGCCAACGACCGUUAUCGAGACAGCACCACCAUCUACCAUGUCUGCUUCAUGUUGCAGCAGUGUCUAUGAGAGCUUCUGGGAUGGGCAGGAUAACUGUCCUAGCAUCAACACUUCACUUUCGUCUCAGACAGACCACGCUUUUGAAGAGGUCAAUGACUAUGGCGAAAAUUGGUUGUCACCCUGGACAGCUGAAUCGGAACCUACUAUCUUUAGCCAAUCAGAAGAUACCGAACAUGAUAGCUUGAACCUGCAUAGUAUUUCUUCUGGAGAUUUACAACUGAAAGACUAUAGUUUGUCUUAUCCUGGGAUGCUGCCGUCGUUGUGCAUCGACCCAAGGGAGACAAUUGAUCCGAUGAUUUUAUCCCUAGACAUCAACUCUAUCGAUAAUAGUCGAGAAAUCCCAUUGGCAUCAAGAGCGAAAUCUCUAUUCCAGUUGACUAUGGAGAUGGCCCUCAAUGUGAAAGCAUUGACGAGAGGUUAUUAUCCAAGCUCCAGCAUAACGAGGACGUUCCGGUACUCCAUCCGCAGUCGGGGCUAA